AAGACACAAAACGUAUUCCACUGGUGAGUUUGUAUGCACUGCUUGACAGUGUCGCAUCAUGGGCCUGUACAAAGCAGUGUUCUUGCUAGGCACCCUUUUCUCUGCAGUCAGUGCGGGUGUCCUGGAUGAAUAUGCAAAAACAGAGGGCGCCCGGAUUAUAUCUAUCGUAAAGAGGGAGUACUCAGUAGGCACAGUUCUAGAAUGUGCCAUCAAGUGUAACAUUGAAACAGAUUUCACCUGCAGGUCCUUUAUAUACAUUGAAAAGGAUCAAGAAUGUUUGACAAUACCAGCAAACACCAAAACAGAGGAAGUUCUGAGAAGAGCCAGCACAGCUCUCUACGAAAAGAAAGUGUACUUGAUGGAGUGUGUGAAUGGAAUCGGUAUGGACUACAGAGGGACGAAGUCCAAAACAAAAUCAGGGAAGACUUGCCAGAGAUGGGCAUCAAAAUACCCACAUAACCCCAACAUAACUCCGUUAACACACCCCAAAGCCGACCUAGAGUCCAACUUCUGUAGAAACCCAGAUGGCGACAGCAAAGGCCCCUGGUGCUACACCAGAGACCCUGAGACCAGGUGGGAGACCUGCAACGUCCAGGACUGCAGCGAGGAAUGUAUGCACUGCAGUGGUGAGGACUACAGGGGAAAGAUCUCUACCACUGAGAAUGGCUACACUUGCCAGAGAUGGGACGCCCAGAAACCUCACAACCACGGCUACAGUCCCAGCGCUCUUCCUGAGAAGUACCUGGAGGAGAACUACUGUAGGAACCCAGAUGGGGACCCCAAACCCUGGUGCUUCACCACCAGCCUCUCCAAACGCUGGGACUUCUGCACUAUCCCUCGCUGCACUUCUGAGCCUCCCACGGUGGUGGAGGAGAUCACCUGUAGCACAGGCGACGGCGGUGCCUACAGGGGAACCGUUGCUGUGACAACAUCUGGGAAAACCUGUCAGGUCUGGGCAGCUCAGACGCCCCAAAAGCACAACAGAACUCCAGACAACUACCCAUGCAAAGGCCUGGACCUGAACUACUGCAGGAACCCAGACAAUGAGAGGAUGCCCUGGUGCUACACUACAGACCCAGAGACACGCUGGGAGUACUGCAAGGUGCCUAGCUGUGGAGACGUUCCUGGACCAGAUGACGCAGCUCCCGCUCCAGCUGAGGAAGACUGCUAUGUGGGCAGCGGGAGUGAAUAUCGUGGCAUGGUGACAGAGACCAUCAGUGGGAAGAAAUGCCAGUCCUGGAGCUCGAUGACACCUCACAGUCACAAGAAGACACCUCAGGACUUCCCAAAAGCCGAUUUGAGAAGAAACCUGUGUAGGAACCCUGAUGGCGACCGUGCUCCAUGGUGCUACACCACUGACCCCUCUGUUCGUUGGGAGUUCUGCGCUGUGGAUAAAUGCCCAAUGGCUCCCAAGCCUACUUCUAAGCCUGACAAACCUGACCAGCCCAAUCCAACCUCUCAGACACCCUCAGCCGAUUGCAAGGUGGGCAAUGGGGAGACAUACAGGGGUCCUACUUCCAUGACCAUGUUGGGUGUCACAUGUCAGAGGUGGAGCUCCCAGAGCCCCCAUCAGCACGCCAGCUUCAACCCUGAAUCCCACCCUGACAAAGGCCUGGAGUCCAACAAUUGCAGAAACCCUGACAAUGACGUGAAUGGACCAUGGUGCUACACCACAGACAAAAGCAAAAAAUGGGACUACUGCCAAAUCCCAGAUUGCGCUGGCUUGAAAUGUGGGCAGCCGGUUACAAAACCCAAGAGGUGUUUUGGUCGCAUCGUUGGAGGCUGUGUGUCCAAACCCCACUCAUGGCCCUGGCAGAUCAGCCUGAGGACCAACACUGGCAUCCAUUUCUGUGGGGGAACUCUGAUCGCCCCUCAGUGGGUCCUCACCGCUGCCCACUGCCUGGAGAGAUCAAAGAGGCCAUCUGCCUACAAGGUGUUCUUGGGAACCCACACAGAGAGAGCAAAUGAAGUGUCCAAGCAGGAGCGUAACCUGCAGAAACUGAUCCUGGGACCUGACAGGACAGACAUUGCACUACUGAAGCUAGAGACCCCUGCACUCAUAAAUGACAAGGUUUUACCAGCAUGCUUACCUGAGAAGGAUUACGUGGUACCACCUGGAACAGAGUGCUAUGUGACAGGAUGGGGAGAGACACAAGGAACUGGUGGAGAUGGGCUCCUCAAGGAGACUGGCUUCCCUGUAAUAGAAAAUAAAGUGUGUAAUCGUCCUGCCUACCUGAACAACAGAGUUAAGGACCAUGAGAUGUGUGCUGGGAACAUUGAAGGGGGAACAGACAGCUGUCAGGGUGACAGUGGCGGCCCUCUGGUGUGUCAUGCCAUGAACAGCUUUGUCCUCCAGGGCGUGACAUCCUGGGGUCUGGGCUGUGCCAACGCCUUGAAGCCAGGGGUGUAUGCCAGAAUAUCAAAGUUUACGGAUUGGAUUGACAAUCAGAUGAAGAUUAAUUCUUAACCCCCUACUCUCCAUAAUCUGGAGAAAUGUGUCAUUUGAGCCACAAAUCUAGUUUUGUUAAGACUUGAAAGUACAAAUUAAAUACCUGUAGUAAGUGAUUUCUUCAGAAAUUGCAAGGUUCAUUAUUUUUGUUAAGAAAAAAUAAAUAAUUCAAUUGUUAAACAAUGCAAUUAUGUUCUAGCCUGGUAGACAUCAAUUGUGUUCAGUGACAUGUUAAAAAACAAUAUAAAAAAGCUGACAUUGUGUAGCAGCUUGUGUGCAAUUGGGAUCUUGGAUGGGAAAGCUCUUUAUUAAGUUCUGUCAGGUCAGUCAAAAAUAAAAGUAUAUAACAUUAA